AUAUGAAGCUGAUAUUGUAAAACAUGUUCUGGACACAUGACACUAAAGGCUUGCUGUUGACCCAAGUCAUCUCCUGGUACCAGAGAUAAUAUUAUACAUUUCAUGUCACUUGACCGAACUUGGGAGGCAACGUUCUAAGUUUCAGCUGCAGUGAGACCGGAAGUGAGGUCGGCACGUGACAUGUUCUGCGUGGCUUGUAUUGUGAUCGCCGUGGUCCUCCUUUACACCAUGAGACGAAAAACACUGGCACAGCAAGUGUCUCCACUUGGGAAAUAUGUUCUGAUAACAGGAUGUGACACGGGUUUUGGUCAUCAGUUGGCACAACGUCUGGAUGAACGAGGUUGUAAUGUAAUAGCGACAUGUCUGUUAGAACGAGGGGACGGAGCUUCUGAACUAAAACGAGUCUCUUCUGAACGCAUGCACGUGCUGGCUCUUGACGUCACUUCCGAUAACAGCGUCAGACAAUGUAUGGAACAUGUGCGAGGAGUUGUUGGCGAAGCAGGCCUUUGGGCUGUUGUCAACAAUGCAGGAGUCAUGCCGCUUGGCGACGUAGAGUUCUACACUAUGGACGAUUUCAAACAGGCAGCGGAAGUCAAUAUGUUUGGCAUGGUGCGCGUGACGAAAUUCUUUUUGCCUCUCAUCAGAAAAUGCCAAGGUCGAAUUGUUAACGUGACAAGCGUCAAGGGUUUAAUCUGCACCACCCACAGUGCUGCCUAUCACAUGACUAAAUUCGCAGGGGAGGCGUUCUCAGAUUCACUCCGAUUGGAAAUGGCACGUUUCGGAAUCAAAGUGUCCAUAAUAGAACCUGGAGACUAUGGUGGAGGAACGGGGAUGUUGGGAAAUAUGGAAAUACAUCGAAAGAACUACGACAGGAUGUGGCUUGAGGCAAGUGAUGACGUCAGACAAGUGUACGGCAGGCAAUACCUGCAGGAUUGCUAUUCAAAACUGGUUUCUGCAGCCAAAAUCGGACGAAAAGACCUGACCCAAGUCAUUAAUUGCAUGGAGGAUGCGGUGCUAGCGGCAACACCUUGUUAUCGAUAUCUGAUACACGGAGGAAACAGGACAUGUGAUAUCUACUGCGUUCUUGCUCGUCUUAAGGCGUUUAUUCCCACCCCGGUGCACGACUACCUAGUACGGGAGUAUCUGUAGACGAGGAGAUGGAGAAUAGACUUUAAAAAAAAAUAUUUGGCAUUGAAGUUUUCAUUGAAAAAUGAAGAUGAUCAUAACACCAACGAGAAAGCGGGCAAUAAAACUCGCAGACCAUGGCGGACAAUAAAAUGAACACAGUUGUAACUAUGUGUAUAAUUAUAUAAUUGGGUAUCAGUUAGUUGAUCCCAUGUUACUGUUCCAGUUUGAAAUGGACGAGGUUUUAAAAGAUAGGCAUACACAACUGUCAAAACAAAAGUUAGCCUGCAGAAGAAUCGUUCUACAACAUCACAUUGAUCCAAGAGUCGGACUUUGAAGGAAGCAGCCCACAUCCCGCUACUUCGAAGAGGCUGUCAGGAUUGUCUGUGAUAAUGAAAUGUCAGUGGGGUUUAACGCCGCUUUUAACAGUUUUCCAGUUAUAUCACGGCAUGUCAGCUUAAUAUGGGAGGAAAGUCAUAAGUGAUGCAGGUCUCGGGUAACGGUAACGGGUGUGGUGCUGACAAAC